AUGGCACAGACAAAGAACACCCGCCGACGUUCUGGCGGAGCUGGCACACCCAAGAAAGGGCAGGCGUCUCGAACCAAUCCGUCUCCAAGGUCAAGGACGGGAGGAAAACGCCUUCCCCAUUUCCCACAACCCGGCGACCCAGUCCCACGACGUAAACCGCACCGCUUUAAACCCGGCACAAUCGCACUACGAGAGAUCCGACGGUACCAGCAAUCGACAGACCUGCUGAUGCUGAAGCUCCCCUUCUCGCGACUCGUCCGCGAAAUUGCACAGUCCAUUCUCCCGUUCUCGGCAGGCCGUGAACUGCGGUGGCAGAGUCAGGCGAUCCAAGCCCUACAAGAAGCAAGCGAGGCUUUUCUCGUCCAUCUAUUCGAGGACACUAACCUGUGUGCCAUACAUGGGAAGAGAGUCACGAUUAUGCAGAAGGACAUCCAGCUUGCCCGAAGGCUACGGGGCGCUUGGGGCGGUCUGGGUUAA